GGUGGGCAGUAGAACCAAACGAACUGUGAAGCUUCAUGGUUUCUCUGCGAAUUCUGAGAACCCAAGAACUCCAACUGAAGCUAUUAUCCCCUGCUUCAACCCCCAUUUCUCUAUUCUACACCCUCUUCUCUCUCAGAACACUCUCUUCUUACAGUCACUAUGACGACCCAAACUCUGCAACCACCACCGCCAUCGCCGCCGCCGCCGCUUCUUCUCAAUCGCAGUCACUUGUCAGCUCGAUCUGCUCAUUGGUAUACCAAUCCUAUUCCCCGCAAACCCAUCUGAGAUCUUCGCCUCCGAAGCUCAAUCUCGACUUAAAUCCUGAAUCUUUGACCCACGAGCAGGCCAUUUCCGUCGUUGCUUCACUGGCUCAGGAAGCAGGUUCCAUGGCGGCGCUGAGUUUCUUUUACUGGGCAAUUGGGUUUCCCAAGUUUCGAUAUUUCAUGCGGCUUUACAUAUUCUGCGCAAUGGCGAUACUUCGCAAUGGGAAUCUGGAGAGAGCCCAUGAGGUGGUUCAUUGUAUGGUGAUGAAUUUCGCUGAGAUUGAGAGGUUGAAGGAGGCUGCUGACAUGGUCUUUGAGAUACAGAAUCAGGGUCUUGCGUUGAGUUCUCGGACGUUGAAUUGUGUUCUUGGGAUUGCUUGCGAUUUGGGUUUGGUUGAGUAUGCAGAGAAUCUGUUCGAGGAAAUGUGUGAUAGAGGUGUGUCUCCUGAUUCCUUGAGCUAUAAGUCUAUGGUUGUUGGGUUUUGUAGGAACGGGAGGGUUUCAGACGCGGAUAGGUGGUUGGGUAAGAUGCUCGAGAGAGGUUUUGUUUUGGAUAAUGCAUCGUUUACUUUGAUCAUAAACAUGUUUUGCGAGAAGGGUCUUGUAGGUCGAGCGUCUUGGUGUUUUGAUAAGAUGAUUAGGAUGGGUGUGAAGCCGAAUUUGAUUAAUUUCACGACGAUGAUUAAUGGGUUGUGCAAGAGGGGCAGCAUUAAACAAGCAUUUGAAAUGUUGGAGGAAAUGGUGAGGAAAGGUUGGAAGCCGAAUGUGUAUACACACACAGCAUUGAUUGAUGGGCUCUGCAAGAAAGGCUGGACUGAAAGGGCGUUUAGACUGUUUCUUAAGCUUGUCCGGAGCGAUAAUCACAAGCCAAAUGUACAUACAUAUACUGCUAUGAUUAAUGGAUAUUGCCAAGAGGACAAAAUGAGCCGCGCGGAGAUGUUAUUGAGCAGGAUGAAAGAACAAGGAUUAGUUCCUAACACCAACACGUAUACUUCUCUAGUUUCAGGGCAUUGUAAAGCUGGGAACUUUGAAAGAGCAUAUGAGUUGAUGGAUAUAAUGGAUAAAGAAGGAUUCCCUCCUAAUAUCUAUACAUACAAUGCAGUAAUUGACAGUCUCUGUAAAAGGGGGAGGGUUGAAGAAGCAAAUAAACUGAUUAGGAAGGGCUUUCGCCGAGGAUUGGCAGCUGAUAGGGUCACGUAUACAAUUUUCAUAUCUGAGCACUGCAAACGGGCUGAUAUUAAUGGGGCCCUGGUGUUUUUUACUAAGAUGGUGAAGGUUGGAUUGCAGCCUGAUAUACAUUUGUAUACAACUUUGAUUGCUGCCUUCUGCAGGCAAAAGAAAAUGAAAGAAAGCGAGAAACUUCUUGAGUUUGUUGUCAGGGCUGACUUGAUUCCCACCAAGGAAACCUAUACAUCCAUGAUUUGUGGGCAUUGUCGGGAUGGAAAUAUUGCUUCUGCUAUUAAGUAUUUCCAAAGGAUGGGUGACCAUGGUUGUGCGCCUGAUAGUAUUACUUACGGUGCUCUGAUAAGUGGGCUCUGUAAGGAGGAGAAAUUGGAAGAGGCUCGUAGGUUAUAUGAUACCAUGAUGGACAAAGGGCUAUCGCCCUGUGAAGUCACUAGAUUUACAUUAGCUUACAAGUACUGCAUGAAAGAUGACUCUGCCGCUGCUAUGGUUAUGUUGGAAAGGCUAGAAAAGAAGCUCUGGAUCCGCACAGUGAAUACAUUGGUCAGGAAGCUUUGUAGUGAGAAGAAAGUAGGGAUAGCAGCAUUGUUCUUUCAUAAAUUAGUAGACAAGGACCAAAACGUGGACCGUGUGACAUUGGCAGCGUUUAUGACAGCAUGCUAUGAGAGCAACAAGUAUGCUCUCGUUUCAGAUUUGACUGAGAGGAUCUCUAAAGGAAUUGGCUAGCAGCUGAAAUAUACCGAAAACUGGCUCGUUUUAUUGGCUACCAAAAUCUGGUGGCCUUCAGAAGUUGGACUGCUGAAGCAGGUCUCCCUUUCAUCGGUGAUGGCAGCGUUGCCAUCUCCAUUUGUAAGUGAAAGGGUCGAAGCGCAACCGGCAGGCUAAGCCAAUGAUUCUUCCUGCUUCCGCCAUGCAAUCUUGUUGGAUUUUGCCUUCUUGUUAAGUUGGAGAAAGGGAUUGUUUUUCACUUUGUAUCCUUUGUACUGAGGUAAAGCAUAAAUGGCUUGAAGGGAUUUUACAUUAAUCAGCAGUGUUUGAAUUUAUGGCAUAUACUUCACAAGGGUAAUGCUAGAGAGACUAAAUUUUGAGACGAAGUUUUGAAAACUAAAGGACAUGAAAAUUGAUGAUUGAUUUAUUACUUAAA